AUGGCGAGCAAAGCUGGCGAUGAAGUCCUUCGUGUUCUCAAGCCUCCCCAUCUAUCAAUCAAGGCUGACACAUCGACAGUACUUGCGCCUAUGAAAACCUCUAGGAGCGUUUUCCCUGUGACGGUGGGUAAAUACGGGGACAUGGAUCAUGUGACAGCGCACCAAGAACUCGCCAUCAUCGCGUUGCCCGACGGUAUGGGUCAGAUGAGACCCCGUGAACGCGAGGGAGCUCGCCUUGCACUCAUCUUCACUGGCUUCGGUCUGGCCGAGGAUUCUGGCUACGUUAUGACCCGCGAGUAG